AUGAAAAAAAUAAAAAAGAUAGAUACUUUUGCUCCUGACGUUGUCGAAUCUUCUUUUGUGCUCCUGAUGGUAUACGACGAAGCAUACCCGGCUGAUCCAAAACUGACUGUGCGUGGUGAUUGCGGUCAAAGAGACCAGGUAAAAGACAAUAAAUCUAUUCGUGUUUACGUACGGUAUGGUGGUGGUGAGGGGAGAGGAGUGACCACGGAAGAGAAAGAGAAGGAGGAAAAGGAUUGGGAGGAGGAGCUGCAGAAGGAAGAGGAAGCGUACUGUAUGCAGAGAACGACUGCUGUGGAGCGACAACAAUAA